AGUGAGUACAUAAAGCUCGGCGAAUCUGCGACACUUGUACACAUGCUUCAUUGACACGUCAUUUAAAACUUCGAAGACGGAAACGUUUACCACGAAGGCUAAGGUUGCUGAUCUCUUUUCUGCAGAGAGAUACUCGGGGUAUUUAGUUUAAAAAUGGGGGGUUUCUUCUCCAGCUUGUUUUCGGGUCUCUUUGGCACAAGAGAGAUGAGAAUUCUUAUCUUGGGUUUGGACGGUGCUGGAAAGACUACAAUCCUCUACAGGCUGCAAGUUGGAGAAGUCGUCACGACCAUCCCCACUAUUGGUUUCAACGUUGAAACAGUGACUUACAAGAACCUGAAGUUCCAGGUAUGGGAUCUCGGUGGACAGACAAGCAUCAGGCCGUAUUGGCGCUGCUAUUAUUCCAACACCGAUGCUGUGAUCUACGUUGUGGACAGCAGUGACCGUGACAGGAUGGGUAUUUCAAAGUCUGAGCUGGUGGCUAUGUUGGAGGAGGAAGAACUGAAGAAAGCCAUCCUAGUUGUGUUUGCCAACAAACAGGAUAUGGAGCAAGCCAUGACACCCACCGAGGUGGCCAAUUCCCUGGGGUUACCUGCACUCAAAGACAGGAAGUGGCAGAUAUUCAAAACAUCUGCCACUAAAGGAACAGGCCUGGAUGAGGCCAUGGAAUGGUUGGUGGAGUCUCUGAAGAGCCGACAGUAAUUGCACUUGCACCGCUCCCUGUAAAUACUUCUGCGUUUUCAGACUUCUUGUUGAAAGACUUUGGGGGGCCCAUUGGACCACUGACUGCAUUCCCCUUUCCCCUUUAUGUGAAGGCAUUUUUCUUGUACCCUGUAAAAUGAAGCUGCAGUUUACAGAACAUCUGGGCAUCAAUACAGCAAACUGAAUUUCCACUGGCUCCCAGUUCAUAUGGACUCUGUACAUGAGCUGUAAGAAGCACAGCGGUCCUAUAGUUGUGCUGAUUCAUCCAUACUGAUGCCAGUUAGACCUGUUCUUCCUGUAAGUCAUAUCCACUACAUUGGAGUAUCAUAAUCAUAGUCCAUCCCCCUUUAAGCUUGGUACCAGACUGUUGACAGUUGGUCCUUAUUUUUCUUUCUUCUUCAAACACUUAAUCAGUUCUGCGGCUUCGGUAUCUAAUUACGCUUGGGUAUUUUAGUGGGUUGAUUAUUUAAAGCUAAUUGUUGUUUGUAUCCAGUGGAUUUGUCAUUGCGUAUUUAUAUACAAGCAUGUACAUUGGAUGAUACUGUUGUUUGUGUUAACACUGAAAUAAAUCUUAUCAACAAUA